UAAAAGCAGAUUGUCUUCAACAUUCUUUCCUCCAAACCUCCCACUUCCCUUCUUCACACCCACUAACCUAUUUCCCAUUUUCCCUCUCUUUAUUACCCUCUCAACCUUUUAUUAAACCUUUCUCAAGCAAACAAACAAAACAUCCUUAUUCCCUCCGAAAACAUUUCAAUGGCAACAAAACAACCUCUCUGGUCAUCUCCAACCGAGUUCGACACCGAGUUCGGCUUCCCUUCUGAGUUCCCUUACGAGUUCGAACUAUCUUCGCCUGCUGUUGAAUCUGUAACCUCAACAGACUCAACAGAAAACAGCGACGAAGAAGAAAACAGCUUCUUCGCUGGCUUAACUCAACGACUGAGUCAGUCCACUCUCCACGAGACUCGGAAUCAACUCAACACAGAGCCAAUCAGUACUUGGAACAAUAAACCAGAAGCAAAAUCUCAUUCCAUCAAAACUCGUGACGUGGCUGGGUCACCUCAGUCUAUUCUGAGUGGAAUCGGUAGCUGGUCUGGUCGAAGUAACGGUUCCGGUGACGGAAGUCCAAACGGAAACUCUCGUGUUCCGUCACCAGUAACGGCGCCGUUUGUUGACCCUUGGGAAGUUAUUUAUGCUGCUGCAGGUCAAGUCGCAAGGUUCAAAAUUAACAAUAAUCCAGUGGGUCCCACACAUGUUAACAUGUUUCAUCAAGAAGUGAAAAAGAAGCAAGAGUGUGGUUCGGUUUGGGAAACGGAUCGUGAUUGGUUGAUUCAACAACAACGGUUACUGAUUCAUAACAGAAGACGUGAACUUGGUUAUGAAAGUGUUGCAAGAGCUAACGUUCCUUUGUCUUUUCAAUCUCAGCAACAAAAUCAACGGGUUCAAUAUGGACCCGGUGGAUCCGGGUUUCGGGUUCCGCUUCAAGGUGGAUCUUCAGUGAAAAAGGCUUCUGGUGGAACCGGUGUGUUUUUACCUCGUCAUUAUGAUAAUAAUACUUCUACACCUUCAGAUUCACGCAAGAAAACUGGUUGUGGACCUGUUACUUUACCGGCUAAGGUGGUUAAUAAUUGUUUUAACUCCAACAUUGGUGAUGGGAAUGUUACUAAUCAACCGCGUUUUGCUAAUCUUUUUGUUAAUGAUUAUGAUUUGUUGUUGGCGGCGAGGCGAAACGCGCUUUUGAAGCAACAGAUUUUACUUGCACGGCGGGAAGAAGCAACUAGUUGUGAAAGUCGUUUACCUCAAGAGUGGACUUAUUGACUCUACUCUAUUAUUGCUCUUGAAAACAAAGGAAGGAAUAUUUAUUCUCCAAGGAGAAAGUUGAAAAUAGUUUGUGAUAAUUUUUACAUGGGUAUUUUGGUUUUUAACAAAGAUGAAUUCAAUAGUGGUGUGUUUGCUAGAGGAGGAAAAGAUUGUGUAGCUUAUGGGAUCUGGUUUUAGUUGAAUUAGGGAAAGAAUGGUAGUUUAGGGAAGGUUUUUUUUUCUUCUUUAUAUUAUAUUUAUUAAUUAAUAAUAAUGAUAUUAUUGGUUGUAAUAAUAAGAUUAGUGCAGUGUUUUGUUUCAUGAAUAGUGAUGGGGUAAGUUAUUAUGGUGUAAUUUCUAGUCAAGCUAACAAAAAGUGCAUUGGCAAGAUUUAGUAGAUUUCCCCAUACCUUUGUAAAA